AGCAGCAUCUCCUCGCAUCAUUAGCCCGCAGUGGACUCAGAGGUCCGAGAGUCUAACUCGCUCUAGAAAAGACUGUCGGCACCGAUCAGGCAGCGGCUCGGACCCUCGACGCGGUCACCGAUCUGUGAAUACGCCAUCCGACCCUCUUCUCUUGUCUUUUCUCCUCCCCUCCUGCGUUUUGCUCUUUUUUUUUCUGCUCUUGUUAGGGUGUCGUGCGCUGUCGUCAUCUACGAACAGCACGGGACUAUAAAAAAUGCAAAAAGCAAAGCUCCCCGUGCGGCAGCUGGUUAUUCUUUCAAUAUGUCGCUUUGCCGAGCCACUCGUCUUCACCUCCGUCCUGCCCUACUUGCCUGAACUGAUCGAAUAUGUCGGUGUCCCCAAGACCGAGGUCGCCAAAUGGGCCGGCAUUUCUACCGCGGUCGCAUCCGUAUGCCAGGCCAUCAUGGCGGUGCCCUGGGGUUCUCUAUCCGACUAUGUCGGUCGCAAACCAAUCAUCCUAUCGGGCCUUGCCUGUACGAUGCUAAUCUCCAUCAUGCUGGGCAUGUCGCAAACCCUGACGAUGGUUCUCAUCUCUCGCGCCCUGGUCGGCCUGAUGAACGGUAAUGUGGGUAUUCUGCGCACGAUGGUCGCCGAGAUCGUACCACAGCGGGAGCUGCAGCCACGCGCCUUCAGCCUGAUGCCCCUCGUCUGGACGAUUGGGAGUAUCUUCGGUCCUGCCUUUGGCGGAGCUCUCGCGCGCCCGGCAGAGAAGCAUCCCGGUUUAUUCGGGGGCAUUGAGUUCUUGAAACAGUACCCCUUUGCCUUGCCAAAUCUUGCAUCUGCCUGUUUCUUUAUCGUGGGUAUUACGACCGGAUUCUUGUUUUUGGAGGAGACUUUAGAGACCAAGAAGGAUCGGUAUGACCCCGGUCUUGCACUGGGAAAGGCCCUUACGAGGCCCUGCAUGUCGCGCAGACAGCGUCAAGCCGAAUUGAAGGGUUUAGAUGAAGAGCGCACGGCUUUGCUUACCGGGGGAAAGAGAGUUCAAAAGAAGAAGAAACCAGUCACACGACCGAGUUGGUCUCAGAUCCUCACGCCUCAGUCUAGAUUGAUCCUUCUGUCAUAUACCCUGAUGUCGGGACUCGGCAUGGCCUUUGACUCGGUCUUCCCAGUCUUCCUGCACUACCCUGUUCAGGACCUUCACGAUAAUCCCAACGUGCAGCUCCCCUUCAAAUUUGCCAGUGGAUUCGGUGUUGACGCCCCCCAAAUCGGCAUGUUCUACACCAUCAUCGGCGUCAUCGGCAUGGUCAUCCAAUUCCUCUGCUUCCCACCCGUCGCAAAACACUACGGCGUCCUAAAUUGCUUCAAAUUCUCCGCCAUCCUCCUCCCAAUCAUCUUCUUCAUCACCCCUUUCACCGCCCUAGUUCCCGAGAGACUCCGCAUCCCAGCAGUUCUAGUUCUCAUGCUCGCCAAGCUCGUUGCAACGGUCUUCGGUAUCCCCUGCUGCACAAUCUUACUCACCAACUCCGCCUCUAGCAUGACGGUCCUCGGCACAUUGAACGGUGUGGGAACUAGCGUUAGUGCGCUGGGUCGUGCGGCGGGUCCGGCUUUGAUUGGGGCUGCUUUUUCGUGGGGAAUCAAGAAGGGCUUCGUUAUCGUUCCUUGGUGGUUGUUGGGGACGCUGGGGUUGACGAGUAUUAUUCCUGCUCUUUGGAUUGUGGAACAAGAUGGUCUCUAUGGGGAGCAGAAGGAGGAAGAAGAAGAGGCGGAGGUAGAGGAGGAAGUUGCGAAUGGGGAGCCUCGUGGUAAUGGUUACGGUGCAACCGCAGUUCCGGUGGAUACUGCGAAAAAGGUCACUCGUGAGGAUUGAGUAGAUCCUUGCGAUCUGGGUGUUAAAGCUGACGUUGUGAUGAGCCAUAAUUUCGGGCGCUUAUGGAUUAUGUCCCCCCAUGAACUUGAAGUCACAGUUGAUAAAAACUUUAUAUGAAUGAUAUAACUAGAUUGUAUAAAACGAGAGACGUUGGAAGCUAC